AUGAGUGAGAGGAGAAGAUCGGCGGUGGCCCUCAGCUCCCGAGCGCACGCUUUCUCGGUAGAAGCCUUGAUCGGGACAAAUAAAAAGAGGAAACUGCGAGACUGGGAGGACAAGGGGCUGGAUUUGUCCAUGGAAAGCCUCAGCCCCAAUGGCCAGCUAGGGGACAAUGAAGACCCGACUCAGUGCUUGGAUCUCAACCCCGACUCUGAGCAGAGCACUGGGUCUGACACAGAGGUUCUGGCAGAAAGGACAUCCUGCUCGUUUGGCUCCCAUUCUGACCUUACAUCUGGUAGCUCAGGCCCUCAGCCUCCUCCAUCUUCAUCCAUGGAAGAGAUCCAGGUAGAGCUGCAGUGUGCUGACCUCUGGAAAAGAUUUCAUGACAUUGGGACAGAGAUGAUCAUCACAAAAGCAGGCAGGAGAAUGUUUCCAGCCAUGAGAGUGAAAAUUACAGGCUUGGAUCCCCACCAGCAGUAUUAUAUUGCCAUGGACAUUGUGCCUGUGGAUAACAAGAGAUACAGAUAUGUGUAUCACAGCUCCAAGUGGAUGGUGGCUGGUAAUGCUGACUCCCCAGUGCCCCCAAGGGUUUACAUCCACCCUGACUCACUGGCUUCUGGAGACACCUGGAUGAGGCAGGUGGUCAGUUUUGACAAGCUGAAGCUGACCAACAAUGAGCUGGAUGAUCAAGGCCAUAUAAUCUUACAUUCAAUGCAUAAGUACCAGCCCCGUGUUCAUGUCAUCCGCAAGGAUUUCAGCAGUGAUCUUUCUCCUACAAAGCCAGUUCCUUCAGGAGAUGGGGUGAAAACCUUCAACUUCCCUGAGACUGUCUUCACCACAGUGACAGCCUACCAAAAUCAACAGAUCACCAGAUUAAAAAUUGACAGAAACCCCUUUGCUAAAGGUUUCAGAGAUUCUGGGAGAAACAGGACGGGGCUGGAGGCCAUUAUGGAGACCUACGCCUUCUGGAGGCCCCCCGUGCGCACUCUCACCUUCGAAGACUUCACUACCAUGCAGAAGCAGCAAGGAGGCAGCACAGGUACCUCCCCGACCACCUCUAGCACGGGGACUCCAUCGCCCUCUGCUUCCUCUCACCUUCUCUCUCCAUCCUGCUCCCCUCCAGCCUUUCAUCUGGCCCCCAACACGUUCAAUGUUGGCUGCCGGGAGAGUCAGCUUUGCAACCUCAACCUGUCUGAUUAUCCCCCCUGUGCCAGAAGCAACAUGGCUGCCUUGCAGAGCUACCCAGGGCUGAGUGAUGGUGGCUACAACCGGCUGCAGAGUGGCACCGCUUCUGCCUCUCAGCCCUCUGAAACCUUCAUGCCUCAGAGGACUCCAUCCUUGAUCUCAGGAAUGCCGACUCCUUCCUCCUUGCCCAGCAACAGCAAGAUGGAGGCAUACAGCAGCCAGCUGGGAUCCUUCCCGAGCUCCCAGUUUCAGUAUGUCAUGCAAGCAGGCAACCCUGCCUCCACUUCCUCCUCUUCACACAUGUUUGGUGGCAGCCACAUGCAGCAGAGCUCCUACAAUGCCUUCUCCCUGCACAAUCCCUACAACCUCUAUGGAUACAAUUUCCCUGCUUCCCCGAGGCUGGCAGCAAGCCCGGAGAAACUCACCACCUCCCAAAGCACUUUACUCUGCUCUUCCCCAUCUGGCGGGGCCUUUGGAGAGAGGCAAUACCUUUCCACAGGGAUGGAUCACGGGAUGCACAUGAUCAGCCCUCCCUCUGGCAACCAGCAGUCAGCCAAUGCCUGUGACAACAGACAGUAUGGUGCGGUUCAGGGCUCCUCCUCACAGAUGUCUGUGCACAUGGUCUAA